AUGUCGAGCGAAAUGCCUCCUACAACUACCAGUCCUAUAUCUCUCGAGCGUAGAAACAGUCUUGAGAAAGCUAUCCAGAACCGGCCCGAAGCUCACGAGUUGAGGGAAAAGCACAUUCUUCUCAAGACUAAUGCUGCACCGUAUAGCUCUGCAUGCUCAGCAACAAGAGCUAGCACGUCACCAACUUACAGACAGCCUGAACAAAGCCAUUGCUUCUCGUCCCGAAAAGACGAGCUGGUAGAACGUAACAUUUUGCCCGAGUCCACUGCUGCUCCUGCCUUGCAGAGCCACCAGCGUGAACUUGCAGCAGCCAUGCGUCGUGAUUCCAUUGAGAAACACUUACAGACUCGACCCUCGCCAGCUGAGCUGAUCAAAGAAGGCAUACUCGAAGCCAACGAGAAUCCUUUGGACGAACCAUGA